AUGACAGGAGAGACCACCCCCGAGGGGCCCGCCUCUGCGGAGGCCGCCACGAAGCCCAGUCCAGAGCCCUUGGGAGAAGGGGCAGCUCUGGAGGCCAGCCCGGGGGAGCAGGCGCCCAAGCCCCAGGAGCCAGACGCACAACCGGCACUUGCCCCGGCGGCCCCUGUAGCCCCCGCACCCCCUGCAGACGUGAAGCCUGCACCUCCGAGUGAAGACGUCCCCAGCGCCCCGCUGCUGCUGGCCGUGGAGGACGUGAGCGACAGCUCGGUGACUGUGAGCUGGGAGCCCCCCGAGACGCUCGGGAGACUGGGCAUCCGGGGCUACGUGCUGGAGCUCCGCCGAGAGGGAGCCUCCGAGUGGGUCCCCGUGAACGCGCGGCCCAUGAUGGUGACCCAGCAGACGCUGAGGAACCUGGCCGUGGGGGACGUCUUCUUCCUGCGCGUGGCUGCCGUGAGCUCUGCGGGCGCCGGCCCGCCAGCCGUGCUGGACCAGCCUGUCCGCAUCCAGGCCAUCAUUGAGCCCCCCAAGAUCCGAGUCCCCCGCCACCUCCGUCAGACCUACAUCCGCCGUGUGGGGGAGUCAGUCAACCUGCAAAUCCCCUUCCAGGGGAACCCCAAGCCUCAGGCCUCGUGGACCCACAAUGGCCACGCCCUGGACAGUCAGCGGGUGAACGUGCGUGCGGGGGACCAGGACUCCAUCCUCUUCAUCCGCUCGGCCCAGCGCGCCGACUCGGGCUGCUAUGAACUCACCGUGCGGCUUGAGGGCCUGGAGGCCAAGGCGGCCAUCGACAUCCUGGUGAUCGAGAACCCCGGCCCCCCCAGCAGUAUCCGGCUACUGGACGUCUGGGGCUGCAAUGCUGCCCUCGAGUGGUCACCGCCCCAGGACACAGGCAACACGGAGCUCCUGGGCUACACGGUGCAGAAGGCCGACAAGAAGACAGGGCAAUGGUUCACGGUGCUGGAGCGCUACCACCCCACCACCUGCACCAUCUCCAACCUCAUCGUGGGCAACUCCUACUCCUUCCGGGUCUUCUCUGAAAACCUGUGUGGCCUCAGCGCCUCGGCCGCGGUCACCAAGGAGCUGGCCCACAUCCAGAAGGCAGAUAUCGUCACCAAGCCCAGAGGGUUUGUUGAGCGAGACUUCCAGGAGGCCCCCACGUUCACGCAGCCCCUGGCGGACCACACGUCCACGCCCGGCUACAGCACGCAGCUCUUCUGCAGCGUGCGAGCCUCGCCCAAGCCCAAGAUCAUCUGGAUGAAGAAUAAGAUGGACCUCCAAGGGGACCCCAAGUACCGCGCGGUGUCGGAGCAGGGGGUCUGCACACUGGAGAUCCGGAAGCCCUGCCCCUUCGACUCGGGCGUGUACACCUGCAAGGCCAUUAACGUGCUGGGGGAGGCGUCUGUGGACUGCAGGCUGGAGGUCAAAGCCUCAGCCACUCACUGAAGCAGGACAGAGUGACUGCGGCGAGGAACAAGGUGAAGG